CGGCUGGGAACCGGCUCCAUUUGAGCGACGGGAAUGCGGGAGGGUGGGGAAGGCAGCGGUCUUUGGGGCUGAACCAAUCGAUGUCCAAGGUUCCUGAGAGGGGGCGGCCCUUAUGCAAAUCGUGUCGUCUUCGAGGAGCACAUAGUGAUACAAGAGCUUGGGAGGCGGCUCCGACGCGGACCCUACAGAGCCCGGAGUGCGCCUGGUCGCCAGCAUUAUCCCCGCGGCCGCCCAGGCUCGGAGCCAUCCGGCGACUCAGCCUCAGGUGGACGGCCAUCUGGAGAGCCCGCCUUGGGCAAGGGACUUUCACUUCAAGCCGGGUCCCCAAUUCAAGGAAGGAGGUACGGCCACCUUCUUACCCCCAGCUCAGGCCCACCAUGGGGAAGAACAACAGCAAGCUGGCCCCUGAGGUGCUGGAAGACCUGGUCCAGAACACGGAGUUCAGCGAGCAAGAGCUAAAGCAGUGGUAUAAGGGUUUCCUGAAGGACUGUCCCAGCGGCAUCCUCAACCUGGAAGAGUUUCAGCAACUCUACAUCAAGUUCUUCCCUUAUGGAGACGCCUCCAAGUUUGCGCAACAUGCUUUCCGCACCUUCGACAAGAAUGGUGACGGCACCAUCGACUUCCGGGAGUUCAUCUGCGCCCUUUCUGUCACCUCCCGGGGCAGCUUCGAGCAGAAGCUCAACUGGGCCUUUGAGAUGUACGACCUGGACGGCGAUGGGCGCAUCACUCGCCUGGAGAUGCUGGAGAUCAUCGAGGCUAUCUAUAAGAUGGUGGGCACCGUGAUCAUGAUGCGCAUGAACCAGGAUGGGCUCACGCCCCAGCAGCGUGUGGACAAGAUCUUCAAGAAGAUGGACCAGGAUAAAGACGACCAGAUCACGCUGGAGGAGUUCAAGGAGGCGGCCAAGAGCGACCCAUCUAUUGUGUUGCUGCUGCAGUGUGACAUGCAGAAAUAGAGGCUGGUGAGGGGCAGGGCCCCUGGCCAGGACGGGCAUGGCACCUCCCAACCUGAUGUCCUCUCUGCUGGCCCACCCCCGGGGGGAGGGGCGUUCCAGCCUCACUCUCUAGCUUACCCACUCCUCUGCCCAAGCCUUUCUCUUCAGAGUCAAGUUCCUACAAAAAGAGACAGGUCCCCUCAAGCAGUCCGUCCUCAGAUAGCCUGUCACUAGCUCCACCUCUAUCCUUGGCCUAGAACCAACAUCCUUUGGGCUUAGGAGAGUUGGCUUUUGACCCAAGAGGCGAGGUUAAGGAGGGGCUGAGGACUCGGAUUUUUUCAAUCCUGUCGUUCCCAGGAUUAUGCUCAACAUAAACAUUGUGGUCCCACAGGCUCCCAGUCAGAGGGCCAAACUGGGUCUGUCCUUUCCAGAUUUCUUGAGAGGUGAUCUCUGCCCUGCCUCCUUGACUCUUCCUGGUUCCUCCGGCCCCCAGCCUUUGGAAUGUUCACUGGGUCCUUUCUUCAGCUAAUGCUUGUUGAGCACUUGUUCAAUGCCAGGCACCUGAAGGUGCUAAGAAUAUUGUUGUUUACAAAACCACAUCCCAGGCCCCCUGGAAGCUCGCAGAGCGAUGAGACAGCUUCCAAGGGUUUCCGUCUCAGACAGGGGUGUAGAACGCAGCUGAGAUGAGGGGUCGAGGCAGCUGGGGUGUGGUUGGAACCAGUGCGUCCUCCAGCUAGCGCCACCCAGAGCCGCAGAAAGACUAAACGAAAAGCCCGGGAAGCUUAGGUGCCACGUGGGUGGAAGUUUUAAGAAAAACUAAAAAAAAAAAAAAAAAAAAAAAAAAUUAUGUAAUAUUUAUUUUUUUAGUGCCCUUUCAAAGAGCUAAAAGAUCAUUUUAUUAGACUAUUAAAAUAUACUCUGUAUACUUGGUUUCUUAUAAAAACCGAUUUAAAUGAAUAUACAAAUGCUAAUGUUCAAGGGGGGGAAACGUUUAGGCGAAGGGGUGGGGCUACCACUAGACACAGAGAACCUGCUCUCUCAUCACCAGCAGUUCCUGCUGCUUCUGCUACUUCUUCUCAAUUCCCUUUUCUUCAGUCCCACAAGUGACUCUCUGUCCGCACUUUGGGUGCUGGAAAAUGAGGGUUACCAUGAGCAAGAACAGUUCACACUCUACAUCUCAGUAGCUUCUUUCUGAGUUUGGGUUGGUUCCAGGGUUUGGCUUGUUCCUUCGUGGCCUCAGAUAGAAGGAGCGAGGAGAAAAGGAUCAUCCGGCUACCGCUCAGGCCUCUGGGCUGUAUCUAUGGACCAAAUGCAUAAAAAUGCGCUGUGUGUACGCCGUAGGAAAGGCUGUCCCCAACUCCUCCAUCCUAGAGAUCUGCCAGGUAAUUAAAUUCGCCACCUUCCGAGCUCACCAGCUUUGCUUUCUGAAUUUUAGGGUCUGUGAGCUAACUAUUGUGCUGCAUGCUUUCCGGAAAAGAAUCCAUCUUGGUUCUUCCAGUUGUUCACUUUCCAUUUGCCUGCACUUGUGAUUAGAAGUCAGCUUUGAUGCGCAGUGACAGUUGGCUUCCUCUUGAACUGCUGUGAAAACAGUCUAGUACAGAGAUGCUGUCAGCCAGGGUGGGAGUAGAGAAUGCUUGUGAAGCCCGGGGGUGUGUGGGGGCAGAGAUUGCCCUGCAGGGGAGAUGCUGUUUGCCUUUCUUCUGAGUGCUCACCUCCCUGCUGGUAGACAUUUUUGUAGAUUCUGACCUAUGGUCCAAAACUCUGUCAGACCUUUCUUCUUGUGACGUUCACAGGUAGCAAGCCUCCUCCUUUCUGCCCGCCUAUCCAGGUCACGUGGUGAAGCUGAGGAAUUCAUAGCCUCAAAUGAUACUAGCAGGUGUUUAUCUACUGAUGCUUCCUGCGGCUGUUCCAUAGCUCUCACGAGCUGCCUGUUAAGCAUGUCUUGUGCUGUCUCAGCACCACAGAUAUAUAAAUUCUCAACAGCUUAGCUCAGCUGGGACCUGAAUCUUCUAUCGAAAGCUUUUUCUGCCCCCCUCUUCCCCCACCGCCCCCAAAUGUUGAAUCUAGCCUAACUCACAAUGGCACAGAAUUUCUCUGCUUUCAAAAGCUGUGUCGACCUGCAUCUCAUUUUGUCUUCAUAGCCCUGGGAGAUAGGGAUUUUCAGUACCUUUACCCAGGCUUGGAAGGUAAGGUUUAGGGUUGAGGGUGGGGAGGUCUCUUUUGUGAGAGCAAGCAGUCAGGAGACACAAUGGCAAGACUUGAACGCAAGGCUCUCAAAGGGACUCUUCUGUGCCCCGUUCAUUUCUGUGUCUGAUUUGUCCAGAUGUUGACAGCAGGACAAAUUAACUUUUGUCUUUCAGAGGCUUUCUGCCAAGAAGUUUGUGAGGCUGUGGUCUUCCAAAAGAGGAGGGGGAGCUUAAAGUCUCUCCAUUUGCAAGCAUCCUCUUUUCUGCUUCUGGGCAGCCCUACAUGGACCAGUGCCAUUCUUGGAGGCUGCUGACUACAUCCUGGAAGCAUCUUGUGUUGUCUUCCCCACUACCUUCCUUCCUGAGAGGACUGCUUUUGUUCUUCCAAGCUGGUAGGCAAGUUCUGCCCAUAAGACUGAUCAGUCCAGGCUUCUGGCCAUCUACUCAUGGGCAAUAUUUGCUUUUAGGCCAAGGGUUUCAGACAGCCCAACAGGCCCCAGACUGGUUCUGCCCUCUCGCUGAUGGGAGGAGCCACAGGCAGGCUAGGUCUUGCUCCCACAUUCCCUUGGGUGUCUGGAACUCAAGAUGCCCAUGUGGUAGAGCGCCCAUCCCUGCCUUGAGAAUAGAGAUAGGUCUUCCAUCUCUGCUCCAGCGUCAGAAGCCCUCACCGCAAAGCACAAGGUCGGCAGAGAUCUGUGUGUGACUUGCACAGGCAUAAAAACAGGUAGGCAGUUAAAACAUUGACAUAUCAAGUUCUCCUUUGAGGUUCGGUUCUGUAUCCCCUUACAAAAGUUCUGUGAAUCCGGUGGUUCCAGAUUCAUCUUUCUCAUGCCUGCUAUCCUCAUUUAUCUUUUCUGGCUAAGUGAUGAGCCCCUUAUUUCUCAUCCCUAAAAAUCAUGAGCAUAGGCUGCUUCGGGUACCCACUGCAGUCCAUACAGCUGCCUCAUUACUAACAUACCUUUAAAAUGAAGAGAAAACCAAGCUCCUUUCGAAGGUACUAAUUCUCCUCUGCCCUGGCAAUGGCAGAGCCUCAGAAGCAGAAAGCCAUUUUACACAGAAGGUCGUGGGAGUAAGAGAAGAGAGAAGAGAGAGAGCUGGUCUUCCUAGGCAGGGCAGUAAGCUAACACUGUAAAUAUUUUUACACAAAAAUUUAUUAAAAGCAAAAGUUAAAAGCAAGAGUUAUUUCCUGAAGAUCCACCCUGGGCGAGGCUGUCUAUUGACUUUAGAAAUCACUGUGGGGUUAAGAAUACAUUUCUUGCACAGCUUCUUCAUUGUUAUUAAAGAAAGGAUAAUUCACGUGCUCAAAAAGUCUCAGAAAAACAUGGGAUUUUUCCCCCCUAGACUUUUGAGGGUUUUCUCUUCUGAACUCUGUCAGAGUGUGAGGUCGGACGAGGCUGCUCAGGAUGCAUGGGUCCCUCUGCUUGGCGGAGGCUGGCCAGGUCCAGGGUCUUCGAAGCAGUAAGGAAGUUUAGGGAAGCCGUGUAUGCCGACUUACUCACUACGAGAGCCCCAAUGUAGCCCCGUCCCCUCCAGACAUGCUGCUUCUAGCUGUGCUCACAGCAACCGUCUUCACUGAUCAAUCCUGUGCCAUGUGGUGUGUGUGUUUCCCACUGACGAAGAAUAAAAAGUGUGACUGUGCAAGACCUCCUGUUCUUCCUAAAG